ACCUAUACACCCUCCCGAUGCACUGGACGAGAACUUGCCUCCUGAGAAGCACCUGGGUGAGCUCAAUGUCGCUGGGGCUGCAGCUCUGCAGCAGGAACGCGAGGCUCGGAAGAAGACCAAGGAUGAGAUACGCGUAGAGCAAGCACAGGCCGGGAAGCCCAGGGUUGACAGAAUGCUUUCUUUACAAGAUCUCGAGGAUGUUGCUAUGAAGGUCAUGUCUCACAAGGCCGUGGCCUACUACUCAUCUGCCGCAGACGACGAAAUCACGAACAGAGAGAAUGCCCGAGCGUUCUCUCGAUUCUUCUUCCACCCGCGUAUUCUACGACCGAUAUCCCAGGUCGAUGUUUCCACAACCAUACUCGGUGUCAAGUCUUCUAUCCCUAUCUUCGCCAGCGGCGCCGCCUUGGCGAAGUUAGGUCAUCCACUUGGCGAGGUGAACAUCACGAAGGGCGCAGGUCGCACAGGCAUCAUCCAGAUGGUGUCCUCCAAUGCAUCACUGUCUGCUGCACAAAUUGCCGAAGGCCGCCUCUCGCCAUCACAACCACUCUUCUUCCAGCUCUACAAGCACGGGGACAACAAGAUAGCCGAGAAACGCGUACGCGAAAUAGAACAGUUGGGCUACAAUGCCAUCUUCCUGACGGUGGACGCUCCUGUGUCUGGCAACCGUGAGCGGGACAUCCGCGCGCCGUACGAGCUGGAAGAACAAGAACGGGAGGGACAGCCUACGGAUGGGCAGACAGCGGGAGAGAUGCCCCGUCAGCCGGAUGAUGUCGAGAAGGAGAUCGAAGGCCAGCCGAACUUGUACGGGACGGCUGGAGCGCUUUUGCAGAACAUGGACUUGGAUAUGACGUUCAAGGAGACUAUACCUUGGUUACGUUCCGUCACGAAGCUCCCCAUUGCUCUCAAAGGCGUGCAAUGUGUAGCAGAUGCGGUCCUUGCGGCAGAAGCAGGCGUUGACGCCAUUCUGCUAUCUAACCAUGGAGGUCGUCAGCUAGAAUAUGCUCUGCCGCCUCUUGAGGUUUUGUACAAGAUUCGGCAACAACGGCCGGACGUCUUCGACAAGCUGGAGGUAUACAUCGAUGGCGGAGCUCGUCGGGGGACAGAUGUCCUCAAGGCACUCUGUCUAGGCGCGAAGGCAGUAGGAAUGGGUCGCCCGUUCCUGUAUGCGCAGAGUGCGUACGGCGAGGCUGGUGUUGUCCAAACAGUCCGUAUCCUUCAGCGCGAGAUCAUCCUUGGCAUGCGCCUCCUCGGCGUCACAAGCGUUGACCAGCUCACGCCCGAACUGGUUGAACGCGUUGACUGGCAACCCUUGCUUGCCCGCCUUUGAUUACGCUCUAGACACGAGGCUUGUAUUCGAUGUUA